UCGUUAAGAAAAUGGUGAUUAAGCCUGAUCGUUAUCAUGAUUUUGAUUUGUAGCCUGCGAUAAUCUGCGGCACACCAUUUGUAUAAGAGCCACGAGCUUUGAUGAUAUGGCCUACAGUAACACCUAAUAUGUUCCGUUUCGUGUUUACAUUGGGCGUGUUGUGCGCCUUAUUAAGUCUGGUCGAGCCAAAGGCCUACGAUGGAUCUACUAGAGUCCCAAUGCCAGACGGCCGUAUAGUGGGCGGUGAGGAUGCCGAAAUCAGGCAGUACCCACAUCAGAUUUCCAUGCGUUACAAUGGGAGACAUCGCUGUGGUGGCAGCGUCAUUUCCAAUAACAUCAUAGUCAGCGCUGCACAUUGCGUGGUCGGCUUAAAUGGAGUCUCUAACCUAACAAUUGCAGCUGGUUCCACUAAGUUAAGCGAGGAGGCGCAAGAACUGCCCGUGCGUGAGUUCAUUGUCCACAAUAAAUAUAGGCAGCUCAACAACGACUACGACGCAGCUAUUUUGGUGCUGGAUGGAGAGUUCUCCUUCAAUGAAAACGUGCAGCCCAUACAGCUAGCUGUGGAACGUCCAGCGGUUGGCACAAAUGUCACAGUCACAGGAUGGGGCACCACCACUGAGGGUGGCAGCAUUCCCGACGUAUUGCAACAGGUGGAUGUACUUCUAGUUGAUAACAGUGAAUGCAAAAAUGCCUAUUCCGUGUUGUUGACUAGCCGCAUGCUAUGCGCGGCUGUGGACGGCGGCGGAAAAGAUGCAUGCCAAGGCGACUCUGGUGGGCCACUAAUAUACAACAAUCAACUGUUGGGAAUCGUGUCAUGGGGCACAGGUUGCGCAAGAGCAAACUAUCCCGGCGUCUAUGCAUCUGUGCCAGACGUGCGCGAUUGGAUAGAGGAGACACGCGAUUUUUAUGCCGAUGUCGGAAGCAUUGGUUGGGUGUAAGAUUUAUAAUCUGUGUUAAAUAAAUACCAAAUUGUGGUUGCAUGUUUUUUCGGUAA